AUGUCUGAGGGAGCUUACCAACGCCUCUGGGAGGACUCUCACGUGACUCUGCAAGAGGCACUGGAAAAAGAGCCGGCUCUGCUGGAACCCGUGCCCAGCCAGGAGCGGCAGAGCUUCCAGUACAGGAUCUCAGUGCUCUACCUGUAUUACCUGGGGCUGCUGCGCCGCUUCGACAUGGCCUACGACCAGAUGGUGCAGCCGCAAAAGCGCCGGCUGCUGCGGCGUCUGCUGGACGGAGUGGCGGGCCGCGUGCUGGAGCUCAAGGACGAGUUGGUGCGCGUGGAUAUGUGUGAGACCCACUACCUGGAUCGCGUGUUGCACGAUCUUAAGCUGACCCCGGCAGACCUGGAGGUUACCAUCCCCAAAUAUUUUCAGCUGGAGCAGUCUAGCACGGUGAAGGCCCGGCAGAAGAUGCUGGCCGAUAUUCUGGCCAGACUGGAGCCUCUAAUGCAUCAGGAGGCUUUAGGAAAAAUGGGCCGGACUGAGGCCAUAAUUCUAGUGCAAAGUGCUGAGCGGGCCAGGCAGGGCCGACUUCGAGCCACCUUCAUGAGAGAGAUUAAGAAAGAGGAGGAACGGGACCGGAAGAGUCAGGAUAUUGGGCAACGGAAAUUCAGUCAGGACCAGGGAGCCAUUGUCAUACAGAAGGUGUGGAAAGGUUACUUGCAGAGGAAACGCAUUAAGCAGAAUCGGCGUAUGGAGAUGGAGUUCAUUGGCAUGAUCCCCUUGACCAACAAGACAGGACCGACAAUGAACAUCCUUAACAAGGCUUUCCUCGGGGAGGAGUCACGAAGGAUCCGGCAGGUGGAAAAGGAAGAGGAAUUCCAGGAUGCCAUAGGGAAGACCCACAAUUCUCUCAAGGAGACUGAGGGACCCGACAUGAAGGAGAGGAUGAAGGAUCAAAUACGACAGUGGUUUAUCGAGUGCCAUGCCCUUACUGGUCGGUUCCCUGAUUAUCCAGAUGAGGCUUCAGGGGGAUCCUCCGUGAUCUUUUCAGACAAGACUCCAGAGCAGGUGAAACUAGAACUGGAGGCCCUGGCCCAGGAGAAUAAAAAGAAGGAACAAGAGAAGAGUAAGGAUAAAGAUAAGGAGAAGGAGAAGGAAAAGGAGAAGGAAAAAAAAGAGAAGCAAAAAAAGAAAGAACAAGAUGUGACGCUGAAAGCACUGCCAUCCAAAUUCAUCCCUGUGAUUAAUGCUGGCCACGAGGAAUUCACAACUCUAUGGAAGAACCGGUGUGACAAUAAGCACCCCAGCCAGAACUUUGACUCUGAGACCCUCCGUGAGGAGAAAAGGAAGGAGGUGGAACUGGAGAUCCGGGCACAGGUGGAUGAGCUGAUGCGACAGGAACUGAAGAAUCUGCGUCUGGCUGUGGACAAGGAGGAGACCAGAGGUCUCCUGAAGCCUCCAAAGAAAAAACCUGGGAAAAGAAGUGGGAAGAGGAAGAAGGAAAAAGAUCUGACCCCAGACAGGUCUGUGGACUCAUUGUUUGAAGAGCUUGUUGUUAUUGGCCUCAUAAAGAAGAACUUGCUGGUGUCACUGAGCGACUACUUUGGUGAUUGCCUCUAUGCUGGGUCCUCUCUGGGGGUGGCAAACAAGAUGCCCAUGCCAUCCCUGUUUGACAUCCGACAGAACGUGGCACUGUACGGGGUUCUUCGGCUGGGCUCCCACGACAUCCAUUCCAUGGCCCCCCAUGUCCGAUCCUUCCUCCUGGUGGGACCCCGUGGCAUGGGUAAGAAGAUGUUGGUCCAGGCAGUGUGCACGGAAACCGGCGCCAACCUGUUUGACCUGUCGCCUGACAACGUGAUGGGCAAAUACCCGGGAAAGAAUGGGGCGCAGCUGCUGGUGCACAUAGUCUUUAAGGUGGCCCGAGUCCUUCAGCCCUCUGUCAUCUGGAUUGGAAAUACUGAGAAAAUCUUCUACAAGAAGGUCCCAAAGGAAGAAAAGUUGAUGGACCCAAAGAGAAUAAAGAAAGACCUCCUGAAGGCCGCGAAACAGCUGAGCCCUGGCGACCGUGUGAUGCUGAUAGGGACUACGGAGCGCCCACAGCUGGCUGAAAUGAAGGGCUUGUGCCGGUUCUACGAGCGCAUCCUCUUCCUACCCCGGCCUGAUUAUGCUUCUCGUUAUGUGCUCUGGAAACGCUUGCUAGAGAAGCGGAGACCAGGAACACAGCUGGGCCAGAAUCUGGAUAUUAGUGCCCUGUCUAGGGUGUCUGAUGGCUACACAGCCGGUCGCAUUCUACACGCCAUCCAGUUGACGCUGACUGAACGGCGGCUCUUUCUGAUGUCCAAGAGGCCACUGGUUGCGUCUGAGUUUGUGGGGCACCUGGCAAGGAUGGAUCCAGUAUACAGGGAAGAGGAGGAGUCCCUAAAGGAAUGGUUUUUCAACACUCCACUGGCAAAAAAGAAUAUAAAAUUUAGCAGGGACCAACAGGAGGCUGAGGAGGCCAGACUGGCAAAGGAGAAGAAGAAAAAGAAGUGA